AUGCACGUGUUGCCGGACUCCUUCGACAUGUUGUCGUCGCACUGCCUGUCGGAGAAUCCCUGGCACAAGUUCCCCUUCACCGGGUUCGCCGCCAUGCUGUCGACUCUGGUGACGCUGAUGGUGGAUUCGGUGGCUACGAGCAUUUACACCAACAGGCUGGACAGGCCACCACCGACUGAUGAUGUUGUUGCUGCGGCUGAGGGAGAUCGCGAGGUGGGGAACGAUGUCGUGGAGGUGGGUGGAGCGGGUUUGGAGAGUAACGGUGAAGGUGGUGGCGGCCACUUUCAUCACGGGCAUGGUUAUGGGAUGAAAGUUUCAGCUGCUGGGAUGAUGGUCAACAGUGGAAACUAA